ACACACUCAAUAGUACGCAGAUGGAUCGUGAAAAUUCUCAGAAUCCCUAUGAGGCACAGUGCAAUCAGGCCCAAUGCAGUCGCUCCCAGAAUUCACAGUCGGCCAGGGAUGAAGUGUCUUUUGGUACCCCUCAGCAGCAGCAUUGGCAGCAGCAGUCAAUCUAUGACUUGGUGGACAAUGAACGCGAUCUCAGUAGCAUGAUGGUGGGUCCUGGAAAUUCUCGGAAACCCUGUAGUGCACGGUGCAAUCGUGCCCUAUGUAAUUGCUGCCAGCAGAGAAAGUCGGCCCAGUAUGCAGAGGCAAGUUAUGCCUUCUUUCACAACGAUGAGACCACCGUUUGAUUUGAGCCUGAUAUCAAGAGCACGACUAUUGAUAGAGAGAGUUCCGACGAAGCCUGUAUGCCACAUUGCACUGACAGCUGUAGCCGCCUGUCGCAUUCAUUGCGAGGAUUAACGCCACCAAAG